CAGACACUCCCUUGGAAUAGCCAGGGGCCGAGCAGGAACCAGGAAAUACAAGUUCUCCCUGUCCAGAAAACCCUCCUGCUUCAUGGAAGAAGGAGCGACAUGGGCAAUCUCUGCAGCUGCGGGCGACCAUGGAACUGUUCUUCACCUUUUAAGAAAAAGAAAGAAAAGCAAGGAACUAAUGUCAGACAUGAGAGCCAACAGCAUCAGCUUGGCAGGAAGGUUCCAACAUAUGAAGAUGUCCCGGAAUUUCCUGUCUAUGCCACUGUGAGUAAACCCAAGAGCAUGAAGCAGGAUGACAGCAUUCAUUACGCAGACAUCCAAGUGUUCACCAAAGUCCGGGAGCGCUCUGCAGCAGAGGUGAAGAACUUACAAAUGCAGAAUGCCACAGAGUAUGCCACCCUUAACUUCCCCCGGCCCAGGCUGAAAUACGACAGUAAGAAUGGGACCCUGGUAUAAAAAGCCUGUUGGUCCCCUCUUCUUUCAGUAGCAAAAGGAUUUCACAGACUUAAGAUGCUGUAGAGGCAAGCUAACCUCAUGGACACAUCGUCUCCCUGAAAGUGCAGAGAGGCUGUGUCUUCCACCUGCAUUUCUCUUUGGAGGACACAGACAUAUUUAUUCUCACAUGAUGAGUAGUUUCCUACCUGAUUCUGCUGAAAAAAAACACCUCUUCCCCUUGGAUGAGUUGCCUCUGAAGUUGGCAACUAAUUUCUUCUCAGAAGUGUGAGAAGACAGAGCUGUUCCUUGGCUGAUGAAGGCUAAAACCACAGCUCAGAGCUGCAGUGAGAAAGUUCUGCUAUGACACAGGACCAUUUGCAUGCUGCUCUGUAGAUGGAUUUGGAAACAUGGCAUACAGGAUUUGAUAGUGGAACAAGGGAGAUGUUCCCACAGGAUUUUAUGUCAAGAAACUUCUGCAAUGUGCAGAAUGACAUGUGGAUGAUACUGUGAAGAAAUGGCAUGAAGCCUUUAACAGUAUCUACUGCAAUAUCUUCCUCCAACACCUGCCAGUGUAACUGCAGUCACGCACUAUGUGCGUCCCCUUUUCUCAAAAGGCAGUAUUCUAUAACCAUGCACAGCACACUAAAACCAAGGCCAGAAAUGCAGAAUUAACGGAGAAGUACAGAACAACUUCUUUCACUGAAGGGCUGUACAGAUAUGCAUCCUUACCCCAACAUGCACAGAAGUGAGCAGCGAGCUCUUGGCUCUGACUGUAAACAAAACAAGGAAAAUUCUCAAUUUAACUGCAAAGCAGCCAUUUAAAAGCCACUGCCUAUAUUUAGGGCAGUUUUACAGUCCUUAGAGUACAGCAGCUGUCUGCAUGCCUGAGGGAAUGAAUCCUGGUCAACUUUAGAGAGGGCUUUGGACCUUUCCUCCAUUUUUUCUCAUUUUGUACUGUCAGCUUUAGUUAUAAAACCCAGUAAUAUAGAGCGCACACCAUGUGCUGUUUUCUGCUAACCCCCCCAGACACACCUUUGAGAGUUUAUUUAUGGAUUUAUAAUAGUGUUAGUAAUGCAGUAAAGCAAUUAUCCAAAAGGCUUCUGCCACUGGACUGAACUUGGCAGUUGCAGCAUUGGCAGUUGAACAGGGCUCCCAAGAAGUAUCUUCAGGCACUAAAUCAAUGCUUGGCACAUUCUGUUCCUAAAUAAUGGUCUGCAUAGCUAAAUGCAGAUCGUGGGACAACCUGUUUAUUGUCAGUGUUUAAAAAUGGACAUCCUGGUACAUUUUAUAAGCAUACAAAAUUUUGCAUAUUAUGGUUCAACUAAAUGUAAGAAGCAUGGAGGAGUUCCUGCUCGUUACAAAUAAUAAAGCUGGUAUGGGCAGUGUUUGAUAAAAUGGAAGUGUUUUGAGGACCAAUCCAACAUUUUCUCUACUUUUUGCCCAUGUUAUCCAGUAGACCUCAGCAGGGCUACUGUAAGGCCAGAGUAACGUUUGCAGGAGAAGGCCCCUUUUUUAUAAUGGAUACAGUAUAUUUUUCUACCUGAAAAGGGGUUUUUUGCCUAUGCUAUCCAGCUGGCCUCAGUGGGGCUGUUGUAGGGUUUGCAAUAGAAGGCCCUUCAUUUAUAAUAGGUACAUAAUUAUGUUAUUGGAAGGGCUGGUCCUUUUGAGUGCCAAGGAUUCCUCUUUCUGCUCUUCCAAGUUCCUUUCUGUACUUCAUGCCCAGCACGAAAACAUGUCCUUUGACUGAGGAGGAUUGAAUGGGCACGGGAUUUACUUACAAGAGUGUGUUAGGGAGUCACGGGACAUUCCAGCACUCAGUUUGGCUGCCAGAUCUGGUUCAUGCUGAGCAGCAGUUAUGUACCUCCUUGCACUGAAUUGCUGGUACAAGAACUAGAAAAGAACUACUCAAGCUCCUUGCAUCAUAGGAAGAAAAUGGAUUUUUUAGAAACAUUAUUAAAUAUGAACUAUAGUUCAGGAGAUGGGGGGUUUUCUAGAAGGUGCAGAUUCCAAUAGGUCAUUUUUAAAAACAGUUUCAGUGAAAACAGCCCAUUAUUGCAGUGGCAUGCACAUUCUGUGGUACUGAAGUUUUUCCUCACCCAACAGGAGAGCUGGGGCUGCAGACAGCUAGCUGCACAGCCACAAAGGUCAAGCUCCUGGGCCCAGAGUGGUGUAAAUUUGCACAUCCAUCAAGUUAAACCAGUUUUGCCAUGGACAUAAGUAGGACUGGGUUUGGCUCUGAAGAACUUGCUUUGACUCAGUCAGGUCACUUAGUUCUGUUGACCCGUGGAUCAGCCCUUUUGUAUUCUGAACAAAUGGGAGCUACGGUAGAAACUAUGUUUUAAUGAGUGCCUCAGCGCCUGGGAGUUCCAGCUUCCAUCCCUAGCUAGUACUUGGUGGUGUUUCUGAAGUACAGCGUAUCUUAAUCGAAUGCUUUGCAGAGGAACAGUAGUACAGCCAUUUUGUCUGUUUACCAGGCAUUGACUAGGUAAAAUGUGAAAGCCACAUGUUCUGCAAUAAGGAUCUUUCUAAAGGACUUGAUUUUGCACUGAAUAUUAAAAGCUUCCAAUGGUGUA